CUAUCGGAAAUCUCCAAUUAAUGGACCACUGACAAUUACCGCUUUCUGGAAUUUCGGUUUUUCUUUUCAUUUCACGUGGGGAGAUCUAACUUUAAACUACAGUACUGAUAUGUCGAGAGAUGCCUCAUGGACCACAUCGAUCGAGACUUGCGCGUUCGAGGGAUGCUGGCCAUAUUCUUCUGAUGUUCCAACCCCUGACACGCCAAUCCCGUAGUCUAUGUCGCGAUUAAGGGCUCGCGAUUAGGGACUCGAGGAUCGCGGUAGACCGUAGACGACCAUGCGGUGUCGUAGCCCACGUAGUUAGACGGUUUCGUACCCUUUAUUUUUCAACUAUUUCCGUUCUUCGGAUCGCCACCGCUGCUGAAUCCUUUCUUUUAGUUUAAGCCUUUCGCUCCACCUGGCAAAAAAAUCGGGGAGAUAAAAAUUAAAGGAAACUCGAGGUGAAGGAAAUUACAUCUGCCUAAGAUUUCUUAAAAAUUGUAAAAUUAAUUUUCUUUCAGAAGUAACGAGUUAAACAAUGGCUCAUUUUCGUGGAUUCUACAUACCAACUUUGGGAGCAACAUUUAACGUUGCCUGGGAAACAUUGAAAGCUAAAUGGCCAGAAAAUAGCCCCUGUAUGGAGCUUAUCCGUGGCAGUGGUCCAGAUCAAAAACAAGCACCGGGACAAAGUGGACAUGCACAAUUCAAAUCGUUCGACGAAGGCCAUGAUAAUACGGAAAUGAUGACUAUGAAUGGAGAUCAAGCGUAUCGGGACCAGAAUAACGUAGCCAUCGCUGAGGAUUCCUUCAGCUAUCAAAGAAACGGGGACAAAGUUAGAACAGGAAGUGUAAGUAGCGGUGAAUUUAGCGAAUAUGACGAAGGUGGCGGCGAAUUUGGUUCAGGAGUAAAAAUCAAUGAAUGGCAGGCUGCGUGGAAUGUUACAAAUGCUAUACAGGGUAUGUUUAUCGUGUCAUUGCCAUUCGCUGUAUUACGAGGCGGUUAUUGGGCUAUCGCCGCAAUGAUCGGUAUUGCGCAUAUCUGUUGUUACACUGGCAAAAUACUCGUCGAAUGUUUGUACGAACUUGACACGACAACUGGACAACGCGUACGCGUACGAGACUCGUAUGUGGCAAUCGCCAAAGAAUGUUUCGGACCUACUUGGGGUGCCAGAGCGGUGAAUAUCGCGCAGAUCAUCGAACUGCUAAUGACUUGCAUCCUAUACGUGGUCGUCUGCGGUGAUCUCAUGAUAGGAACUUUCCCGGAAGGCGCAAUCGAUACUAGAAGUUGGAUGAUGCUAACUGGAAUAUUUUUACUGCCCCUCGGUUUCCUCAAGUCUCUGCAACACGUCUCGGUGCUCAGCUUUUGGUGCACGAUGUCUCAUUUGUUCAUAAACGCCAUCAUCGUCGGUUAUUGCCUCUUAGAGAUCGGUGAUUGGGGUUGGUCCAAAGUGAAAUGGACGAUCGAUCUGGAGAAUUUCCCGAUCUCUCUUGGCGUGAUCGUGUUCAGUUAUACUUCGCAAAUAUUUCUACCCACGCUGGAGGGCAAUCUGAUCGAUCGUUCGAAGUUCGAUUGGAUGUUGAAUUGGAGUCACAUCGCGGCCGCCGCGUUUAAAUCGCUCUUCGGUUGGAUCUGUUUUCUAACUUUCCAAAACGAUACGCAGCAAGUGAUCACGAAUAAUUUACACUCGGCCGGUUUCAAAGGUCUGGUGAAUUUCUGCUUGGUCGUCAAGGCCAUGCUAUCGUAUCCAUUACCUUAUUACGCGGCCUGCGAGCUCCUCGAGCGGGCAUUCUUCAGAGGUAAACCGAAAACCUAUUUUCCAACGAUAUGGACCGUGGACCGUGAAUUGAAAGUUUGGGGUCUGGCGUGGAGAAUUGGCGUGAUCGUUUUCACCAUUCUUAUGGCAAUAUUUAUACCGCAUUUCAGUAUCCUUAUGGGUUUCAUAGGCUCUUUCACCGGUACCAUGUUGUCGUUUAUAUGGCCCUGUUACUUUCAUUUGAAACUGAAGAGAAAUUCCAUGGAAUGGAGCGCGGUCGCCUAUGAUUGCUUCGUGAUUUUUCUCGGAGUUCUUUUCGGCGUGAUCGGUGUAUACGAUUCAGGCUCCGCCUUGAUCAAUGCCUUUGAAAUAGGUUUACCGUUUUGAACGAGCGCUCGUGAACGUUAUUCAUCAUUAUUCCAUCUUCACUCGCCUCUUUUACGGAAACAGAAGAAUGAUAUUACGCGUGUAGAUACAUUAAUGCUUAAGGGAACCAUCGAAUUAUAGCUUGCGUCAAUUGAUUCUUAGCGUUACGUUGAAACGGUGAUUUCAUUAAUAUUCAAUCAUUAUCUUAUUACAUGUGUCACGCAUGUAAUUGAAUAAUACACACACGUACGAAAUCUUCGUACGUAUCAUUUAUAGGGGUUGCAGUGUACAAUCCGCUAAUAAAAAUUCCCUUGAAAAUAUGAAAUAUAAUUCAAUCAACGCGACGACGUCUAUAUUUUUGCUGGUUUCGAAUGUUUUUAACGUUAAUCGUAUAUAAGGAAGA